AGGAAGAAACUGGACGUGCACUGGAUGUCAAUCAAAUAAAUCGAUUCUUCCAGAAGAAAAAAAAAGAAGAAACAAUGUUCGGAAAUCGCGCUGCACGUGGAUGUGAACAGCUAGCGCUCUGUACCGCCACUCAAUCUGCUCUUUAACAACGAUGAUUCAUAGAGAUGGCUCGUCCUCGUCCUCGUCCCAAAUUCCUUUUUUCUCAAGGUCGACUGCUACAAAGCGGGACUCGCUGGCCGCAGAACUAGAGCGGGAUCCACGCCUUUCUACAGCUCGUCGUCAACAGCGUUCCCAAGCUUUCUCUUCGACUAUGGCACACGCGUCCCUCGAAAGACAGCUGGCCUCUCUUCAGACUACAAAGAUGGAGCUCGAGACGAAGCUGAGGGAGCGGGACUUGACGGUGGAGAGGCUUGAAAGGGAUCGCCGGUGGUUUUCUGACAGGGAGACAGAGGAACGCGAAGAGAAGGAACGUGAAAGGACAGAGAGGGAAGACGAAAAGAAAAAUACUGAUGCAGAACUACGCUCUCUACGGGCAAGUCUAACGACACUACGAGAGGAAUAUGAAGACCUUCAGGACUCCCAUUCCUCGCUAUCAAGGUCAACGUCACAGACAAGUGUUAAUCAGGAAUCCAAAAUCAGUACUUUGACGCGACAAGUGCAGCUUCUGGAAGAAGAGCUCGUGCAAACAAAGGAGCUCGCAGAAGAACGUCUGCGCGCCAUGCAUGAUUUGCAGGAAUCAAUGAAUAAUUUAGAAGAACCGCCACGACGAGAGGAUAACGAGGACAUGACAAUCAUUCGAGAAGAACUGCGCCGGCAGGCCACUUACCUUCGUCAACUAGAGUCUGAAAAUGCAGAAUUACGUGUUUUGAAGGCGCGGAGUCAAAGCGUCGAAGUAUUGAAGGAGGAAAAGCGAGGUUUGGAGCGAAAACUACGGGGCAUGGAUGAGUUGCGACGCCAGGUCGUGGAGUUGGAAGCACAGGUGGAAGGGGGAAGACAGGAAAGACAAGAGUGGGAAAACAAAGUGGAGGCCCAGUUACCCUCACGAACGCCUAUCAGCAUAACACAAAGUUUGUCAGAGCUUCGUCUAACUCAUGCCAAACUACUGGAAGAGAGUGGCGUUACAAACGCACUGCUGAGAGCGAGGGAGACCGAGCUGGACGAAAUACGGGAAAGCGAGGGAGAGUUGAAGGAGCGCAUCAAGGGUCUGGAAGCGGAUAUGAGUGGCCUAAAGGAGAGUCUUGAACGGGAGCGAAGGCGAGUGGAGUUGGCUGAGAGGGAGGUUGACUUCUCAAAAGCGAUGAUGGCUAGUUUUACGGCGGAAGAGGCGAUGAAAGAAGGUCCUGCAGUCAUUGAUGACACCCAGAUGCAGCGGUUACAGCAUGUCGAAGCUCUACUUGAAGAAUAUAAAGGCGUUAAUAGAAAAUUAACACUGGAGUUAGAAGCCAUCACAUCGUCUCGCGGCUCUGUCGUAGGAGCAGAUCUACUUCGAGCGGAGAGGGCGCAGAAACUUCAAGCUCAAGAAGUUCUCGCUCAAUGCAAUGAGGAAAACAAGCACUAUCUUGACAAGGUCGAAGAGCUCGAGCAAAAACUAUUUGACCUUGGGGGGGAGGUCGCUAGUGGACGACACGUUCCGCCAGGGGUACGAAUUCUGCAGCUGAAAGAGAAUCCACUGCAGGAUUGGGUAGAUUUGCGGCAAAGCGCUAUGGACCGACUGAAAGGAGAGAACGAGGCGCUCAUCAAGCGAUUAAAGGAUCUGGAAGGAAGCGGUAGUACAGGUGCGGCGACCUCUGCGCGAUCCGGAGAAGAACUAGUUCCCAGAGAGAGUUGGGAGCUUGUCAGGAAAGAAAAGACAGAUUUGGAGGAGCUUGUAACGCAGAAGGAGAAGAGGCUUUUGAGAUUACAACAGAUCUUCCAGUCAAAGUCUGCUGAGUUCCGGGAGGCCAUCAAGUCAAUUCUAGGUGUGAAGCUGACCUUUUAUCCAAACGGUCAAGUCAGAGUCACGUCGCUAUAUGAUUUAAAUGCUAGUUUCGUCUUCUCACCCGAAAAAGGCGCCAGUGGUGUGAACAUGCAGCUUGUGGCCCAAGGCGAAGGUGCGCCGGAGGAGAUACAGAGUUUGAUGCGAUAUUGGGUCGGAACGGAGCAAUGUAUCCCGGGCUUCAUGGCCACCGUGACCUUGGAGUGCUACGAAACGUGGAAAAAGGGGAAUGGUGAGAGGAAUACGACGACGUGAGAGUGCAGUUAGGCGUGUAAGAUAGAAAAGCGAGUAAAUUCAACCAUGUUUGGCGCUAUCACAUUUCUGAGCGUCAUUUCGUGCAGGGGAAAUUGUUUAUCGGACCAAUGAUAAUUGAAGCCUUCGCGGAGACGUGUGGUUUUAGUUGUAAUAAUCUCCG